UAUAAAAAUCGUUGUUUGGUGCCUGCCUUCUACAGGCCUCUGGUUAUUAAGCUUCACGUUCGGUCUCUGUAUUUUUCCCCUUGCAAAAGAAAUCGGCAAAAAUGGCCGGAGUUUCUCUGAUCACUCAAUUUCCAUCCAAUUCGGUGUUGGUGAAGUCGUACCCAAAACUGAGCUCGAGAUUCUCCAACUUUGUAGUUAAUUCUACGAGCUUUCCCGUUAAAAACUCGGCAAAAUCGAAGCUUGUAUUCGCCGGAGGAGUCCGAAAGAAGUUCAAUUUCACUUUGCGUGCUGCGGCCGGAGAGAACUGGGAACCGGAGUCUAACGUUUCUUCGUUUUUUGAAGAGGAGGAGAAGCCGGUGCCAGACAAGGAGCCGACGGAGAUUGAUCUGUUGAAGAAGCAGUUGGUUGGUUCGUUUUACGGCACGAGCCGUGGAUUGACUGCCACAAGUGAAACGAGGGCGGAGGUAGUGGAGUUGAUCACACAGCUCGAGGCGAAGAAUCCGACUCCGGCGCCGACGGAGGCUCUUCCUCUUCUCAACGGCAAAUGGAUAUUAGCCUAUACAUCUUUCAUAGGACUGGGGUCCACAACUGCAAUCACUACAAAUGCAAAGUUUGAAGUCAGAAGUCCUAAGCGUGUGCAGAUAAAGUUCGACGAAGGUAUCAUCGGGACACCACAGUUAACCGAUUCCAUUGAGUUACCCGAAAACGUUGAGUUUUUAGGACAAAAACUCGAUCUGUCGCCCUUUAAAGGAUUAUUGACAUCAGUUCAAGACACAGCUUCAAAUGUAGCAAAAACCAUUUCGAGUCAACCACCAUUGAAAUUUUCAAUCUCCCAAACGAAUGCGGAGUCGUGGUUAUUAACAACUUAUCUUGAUGAAGAACUUAGGGUCUCAAGGGGAGAUGGUGGGAGUGUGUUUGUUCUUAUUAAAGAAGGGUCUCCACUUCUUUUGGAUUAAAAUUGUUGGAAGUAUUUUUAUUAUUUUUGGUAUGUAUUUAUGUGCUGUAGUUGUUUUAUGUAUGUUACUGUGAAAUCUCUGAUUUGAACUGUUGGUUGGAUCAUUUAAGGAGAAAUAUAUUGAAAUAUGUGUUUUAUU